CGGAGCCGCUGAGCCGCUUCUCCCGCCUGGACGUGACGGUUCCCGCCCGGAGCGGAACCCGCCGCCUGCCCGUGAGUCCGGACUCAGUGACCGGGGACCGACAGUGACGACAUCCGUGAGAUUUGUGUAGCAAAGUGAAGAUUUAAAAUGGCUCCCGCCGCCCGCUGCCGGAGACCGUAGAGCCAGUCAGCUCAUCAGCUCCAUGUGUCCUCCCUGUGUCUCCUCCUGACGUGGCGUGAUGUCAGCGAGCGGCGAGGGGGGGUGGGGCUGCCUGGACGCUCUGGGUCUCAGUCAGAAGGAGCUGGUCCUGGCCGAGGCGCUGCAGAUGGAGUAUGACGCCCUCUCCAGGCUCAAGCAGGACAAGAGCGGCACCGGGGCUGGAUCUGGAACCCCGGGUCAGACCCGGUCUGAGACCCCCAACCCCCGCCCCUCCCCCACAGGAGGGGUCGGCUCUGGAUCUGACCCCUCCCUCCACCAGCUAGGACGGUCCCAGUCUCCACAGUUGGUCCCAGCCCGGGCCCCCCCUCCUCAGGGAGGCCACAUCAAAGAGCCCCUGUACAUCUUGGAGGGGUCAGAGGUCAACAAGCUCAGCGACCAAUCAGGAUCCAGCCUGGACGAGUCCCAUGGAUCUAGUUCAGGACUUCCUCCUAAAGGCUUCCCCUCGCUUCCUGAUGAUUUACCCCCCGCCAUCCCACCUAGAAACCCCCUCCCCCUGUCGUCAGGGUCAGAGAACCCCUUCCUGCCCCCCCGAGGGUCGACCACCCCCCGAGACGUCAACCUGUUCACGCCUGACGUGGAUCAGCCCAAGGUCACGUCAGGAGAGGUGAACUAUGACAUCAUCAACGACUCGCUGUCAAAACUGAACGAGAACAGGCCCCGAGGGCGGAGGGCCAAUGGGGACCAAUCAGGGAAGCCUGUGGCUCGGAGUAAGACCCUCCCCCCUCAAGUGCCCCCCAGGACGUAUGUACCCGUCGCCAAGAGCAACAAGAACCAGCGGCGAGUUUCUGCCGACCCGGUGUCUCUGGGCUCCAGGAUGAAUGGGUUUGGAUAUGAACUGUUCCAGGUGUCGGAGGACAGAGACGAGGAGGUGGCGGCGUUCUGUCACAUGCUCGACGUCCUACGCUCGGCGUAUCCGCACAGCGACCGGUCGAAGAACUCGGGCUUCGUGUGGUCGCCCUCUGUGGGCGAGGAGGAGCUCCAUCAGGGUCUGGGGGUCAGUGUAAAGGUCACCAUCAUCACCGAGCACUUCAGAGAGCCACUCACCUUCACCUGCGAUGGUUCGUCCGCUGUGGACCUGCUCAUCUAUCAGACUCUGUGUUAUGCUCAGGACGACCUGGACCACAUGGACGUGGACGACUACCUGCUGAAAGUCUGUGGACACGACGAGUUCUUCAACAACUCUCAGACUCUUGCCAGUGUUGAGUUUGUUCAUCAGUGUCUAAAGUUCGACUGGGACGUCCAACUGUGUCUCAUUAAGAGAUCAGCUGUGAACACGGAGCUGUCCCGCACGAAAGACGACGAUAAGACGGUGUCCAGCAUGAACCACAGCAUCCUGCUGCAGGAGCGUCCAAUCAAACAGACCGUCACCAGGGAGGCUCUGACUCUUCUGCUCGACACGUUUCACAACGAAGCCGAGUCCUUCCUUCUGUCAGAGGCGGAGCUUCCGCUGCACGUCGAGCGCCUUGUCCAAUCAGUGAAGGCGCUCUGCAGCUCAUUAGCAGCCGUGGAAACGCCUGAUGUGACCUCUGCCCUCAACCAGCUCCCAGCAUGCCCCUGUCGCCUGCAGCCCAAAGUCCUCAAGGAUGCAUCAGUGCUCGCCAUCAGAGAGAACAGAGAGAAAGUCGUGGAGAAGUUGACGGCGGCCAUCUUGGAUCUGGUGGAGCUGUACUGCAGCACCUUUAACGCCAACUUCCACACAACACCACAGAGCCAGAGCUGCUCAGCGCCGGUGCAGGAGGCCGGCCUGGUCACCAACGUGCUGUCCUUCAACGUGUACGCUGCCCAUAGGAUCCCCAUCACCUGGGCCACCAGUUAUGAGGGUUUCUUCCUGUCCUGCUCUGUGACUCAUGGAGGGGUGGAGCUCUGUGCACCACAGCACACCAGCAAACAGUCGGUCAGCAAGUACCUGUUCCACCUGGUGGUGUGGGACCAGAGGGUGUGCUUCCCGGUGCAGGUCAACCAGCUGCCUCGGGAGUCUCAGCUGACGGUGACACUGUUUGCCAGCUCUCUGCCGCCCCCUGUAGGAGCGGAGGACAAGGGCAAGCAGCGGCGCAGCAUCGAGGCGCUUGGUUGGGUCACCAUGCCGCUGUUCAACUUCAGACAUGUCCUGACGUGUGGCAGGAAGUUACUGGGUCUGUGGCCUUCGACCCCGGGGAGGAAUGGAAAUGCUCGGACCAAUUCACCAAACUUCAGCCAACCAGACAGUGUGAUCGUGCAGGUGGACUUUCCCACCUCGUCCUUCGAGGUCCGCUUCACUACUCCUCCUCCUGCAGACUUCUGUCCUCAGUACCCCUUCUCCAGAUUGGACACCAUCAGUCAGAUCCAGCUGCAGGACGUCCUUCACAAGAAGGCCGUCUUCUGGUUGACGGCGGAGGACAAGCGUCUCCUGUGGGAGAAGAAGGCCUUCUGUCAGUCUGAGAGUGCAGCUCUGCCUCUGGUUCUGGCCAGCGCCCCCUGCUGGGAGUGGGCCUGUCUGCCGGACAUCUACGCCCUGCUGAGACAGUGGGCCUGCCUGGGUCACCUGGACGCCCUUGGACUCCUCCACCCCUCGUUCUCGGACCAGGAGCUGAGGAGGACGGCCGUCCAGUGGAUGGACUCCAUCUCAGACCCAGAGCUGCUGGACUUCCUGCCUCAACUAGUCCAGGCUCUGAAGUACGAGUGUUACCUGGACAGCUCUCUGGUUCGAUUCCUCCUGAGACGAGCCAUCGGGGACAUUCGCAUUGCUCACUACCUUUUCUGGCUGCUGAAGGACAACCUGCAGGACAGUCAGUUCAGUGCUCGCUAUCAGCACCUACUGGCCGCUCUGCUCUGCUGCGUGGGUCGAGGUCUCCGGGACGAGUUCGACCGUCAGUGCUGGCUCGUCUCCGUCCUCACCAAGGUGUCUCACAAAGUCCGAGACGCUGCGCCGUCCAGCAGACAGUCCGUCCUCAGAGACGCUCUGGACGAGAUGAAGCAGUUCUUUUCCAUAAACAGCAGCUGCAGACUUCCUCUGAACCCGGCGCUGCUCGUCACAGGAAUCAACAUCCAGUCGUGUUCCUUCUUCAACUCCAACGCUGUCCCUCUCAAACUGUCCUUCCAUAACCUGGACACUCUGGGAGACAACAUCAAUGUCAUCUUCAAGUCAGGAGACGACCUGAGACAGGACAUGCUGACUCUGCAGAUGAUCCGCAUCAUGAACAAGAUCUGGAUCCAGGAGGGUCUGGACAUGAGGAUGGUCAUCUUCAAAUGUUUCUCCACUGGCCGAGGACGAGGUAUGGUGGAGAUGAUUCCUCACGCUGACACUCUGAGGAAGAUCCAGGUGGAACAUGGAGUCACUGGAUCCUUUAAAGACCGACCUCUGGCCGACUGGCUCCUGAAACACAACCCAACUGACGAGGAGUACGACAAGGCCGUGGAGAACUUCAUCUACUCGUGUGCCGGCUGCUGUGUGGCCACCUACAUCCUGGGAAUCUGCGACCGCCACAAUGACAACAUCAUGCUGAAGACCAGCGGCCACAUGUUCCACAUCGACUUCGGGAAGUUCCUGGGACACGCGCAGAUGUUCGGAAACAUCAAACGAGACCGCGCCCCCUUCGUCUUCACCUCCGACAUGGCGUACGUCAUCAAUGGAGGAGACAAACCGUCCAGUCGCUUCCACGACUUUGUGGAUCUGUGCUGUGAGGCGUACAACGUGAUCCGGAGACACACACACCUGUUCCUCAACCUGCUGGGCCUGAUGUUGUCCUGUGGGAUUCCAGAGCUGUCUGACCUGGAGGAUCUGAAGUACGUGCACGACGCCCUGAGGCCUCACGAGUCUGAGGCCGACGCCACCAUGUACUUCACCAGGUUGAUUGAGUCGAGUCUCGGCAGCGUCGCCACCAAACUCAACUUCUUCAUCCACAACCUGGCUCAGAUGAAGUUCACCUCGCCGGAGGAACGACUCACGCUGUCGUUUGCUCCGAAGGUUCAGACGCUGAAGAGCGGCGGCCUCAUCAGGAACCUGUUCGUCUGCCGCCAUGUCCGCUCCCACAAGGGCUACGCCUUCGUGGUGAAGGUGGAGCGUGAGGGACAGGAAGCUCAGCUGGUUCAGAGGACGUUUGAGGAGUUCUAUGAGCUUCACAGUAAAAUGAGACUGAUGUUCCCUUCAUCCCGACUGCCCAGUUUCCCAAACCGUUUUGUGAUUGGUCGGUCCAGAGGUGAGGCAAUGGCCGACAGGAGGAAAGACGAGUUGAACGGUUACGUCUGGCACCUGAUCCACGCCGCCCCAGAGGUCGCCCAGUGUGAGCUGGUCUACACUUUCUUCCACCCACUGCCGAGAGACGAGAGACCAGGAACAACAACCAGCAAACCAGCAGAGUUGUCUUGGUCUCCGGCCUCAGAGAAAGACCUGGGGGAAGUCAAGCUGUCCAUCUCCUACAAGAAUGACAAACUCUUCAUCAUGGUCAUGCACAUACGAGGACUGCAGCCUCUUCAGGACGGGACAGACCCUGACCCGUACGUGAAACUCUACCUCCUCCCCGACCCUCAGAAAACCAGUAAGAGGAAGACAAAGGCGGCGCGACGCACCUGUAACCCCACCUACAAUGAGAUGCUGGUGUACGAGCGGAUCCCUCGCGGCGACCUGGACCAGCGGGUGAUCCACCUGCGGGUUCUGGGUGACGGGGCGUUCUGGGACAACACUCUGCUGGGUGAGACCUUCAUUCCUCUGAAGAAGCUGGUCCCAGGUCAGCACUGGGUCGACUGGCACCGGCUCAGCACCGCCACCUCUGACUCCGCCCACUGACCGACAGGAAACAGGGAUUGAAAGCAAGCGGAGCAGAAGAAGAAGAAGAAGAAGAAGAAGAAGAAGAAGAAGAGAGGUGUCUCUCCUCAUGAGGAUGACUGAGUAAAGAAGGAAAUCCUUUCAAAGUAAAAGCCUUGUGGCUGAUCCUCUGCGUGAGGUCACUUCAAUGACAUCAUCGCUGUUCACAUGGAAACCUGCAAACACUCAGAUUCUUCUGAUGAUUUUAAUUUAACAUCAAUAAAAAUUCAUCUUUUGCACUUGAAACACACAAACAUAAAGUUUCCCUAAAUAAUUAAAAGUUCAAAGACUCACUACACGUGCACACACACACACACACACUAAACACACACACACACACACACACUGAAGUAGAUGUGAAAUCAGCUCAUUCAGAAGUAGAAACUCAAAUACGUGUCAGUCGUCACACUGCGAGGAAACGUAUGAGGUUUAUCUUCAGGGACCAUGAAGAGGAAACGUUCAGACGCUGCGUCACUUUUUAUAAACUACUGCAGAAGAUGAAAGUCUUCAUCACAAGAAACAACAACAACACUUCAACACAAAGAAAUCCACGUUUCCUCUGUCGCACAAACUCACACGGACACUUUGUGAAGCUUUGGUCCAAACGCUGAAACUGACAGGAAGCAGCAGGAGCCCAAUGGGAGUGAGAGAGUGAGGGGGUGAGGUGGAGUGAGGUGGAGUGAGGUGGAGUGAGGUAGAGUGAGGUGGAGUGGGGUGAGGUGAGGUGGAGUGAGGUGGAAUG